AUGAUUCUCAACCGCGCCCACCACCACCGCCAUCACCAGGCGCCCAAGCCAUCUGCCCCACUCAGCCCACCAAUGGCGAAUCCUCCGCCACAGCCCGUGCGGAUCGCGCUGCUAGGCGCGGGAAUAUUCGCUCGCGACGCGUAUCUGCCUAUACUGAAAGACAUCAAGUCCGAGAUCGCGCUUCGAUUCAUCUGGAGCCGCUCCCAGGGCUCGGCGGAAGCGCUAGCAGCAGCGUGGGUGGCGGCGGGAAAUGCGGCGGCGGUGGAGGUGGUGUGGGGAGAGGAGGGCUUGGCGCGCAUCGAGCGGAGCGAGGAGGUCGAGGCGUGUGUGCUGGUGCUGCCAGUGCAGGUCCAGCCAGAGCUGGUGCUGCGUUUCUUGAAGGCGGGAAAGCACGUCAUGCAAGAGAAGCCCAUAGCGGCAGACUACCCCCAGGCCCUCGCCCUACAUGCUGAGGCAUCACGCCUCUCAGCCCCUCUCUCCUCUGCGUCCUCCUCUUCUUCCUCCUCUGCCUCCUCUUCAUCGCACCAAGCACCUCUGUGGGCCGUUGGGGAGAACUUUCGGCUUGAACCGGCAUUUGACCAGGCACGCGAGAUAGUGUCUUAUCUGGGCGCCAUGCUGGCAGUGCAGGUGGUGGCGGAGACCUCGCUCACCCCCUCCAACAAGUACUUCCCCAGUCAGUGGCGCCGCGACCCUGCCUUCACGGGUGCGUUCAUCACCGACUGUGGCGUGCAUUACGUGGCAGCAAUGUGUCAUAUGACCGGGCGCAAAGUAUCAUCAGUGGCAGCAUUUGACAACGUUCCCAAACCUCCUUCCCUUGACUCACAUGAUAUGGCAUGGCAUGGCAUGGCAUGGCAUGGGAUGGGAUGGCAUGGCAUGGCAUGGCAUGGCAUGGGAUGGCAUGGGAUGGCAUGGCAUGGGAUGGCAUGGCAUGGGAUGGCAUGGGAUGGCAUGGCAUGGGAUGGCAUGGCAUGGGAUGGCAUGGCAUGGGAUGGCAUGGCAUGGGAUGGCAUGGCAUGGGAUGGCAUGGCAUGGGAUGGCAUGGCAUGGGAUGGCAUGGCAUGGCAUGGCAUGGCAUGGCAUGGCAUGGCAUGGGAUGGCAUGGCAUGGGAUGGCAUGGCAUGGCAUGGCAUGGCAUGGGAUGGCAUGGCAUGGGAUGGCAUGGCAUGGCAUGGCAUGGCAUGGCAUGGGAUGGCAUGGCAUGGGAUGGCAUGGCAUGGCAUGGGAUGGCAUGGCAUGGGAUGGCAUGGCAUGGCAUGGCAUGGCAUGGGAUGGCAUGGCAUGGCAUGGCAUGGCAUGGCAUGGCAUGGCAUAGCAUGGCAUGGCAUGGGAUGGCAUGGCAUGGGAUGGCAUGGCAUGGCAUGGGAUGGCAUGGCAUGGGAUGGCAUGGCAUGGGAUGGCAUGGCAUGGGAUGGCAUGGCAUGGGAUGGCAUGGCAUGGGAUGGCAUGGCAUGGCAUGGGAUGGCAUGGCAUGGGAUGGCAUGGCAUGGGAUGGCAUGGCAUGGGAUGGCAUGGCAUGGCAUGGCAUGGCAUGGGAUGGCAUGGCAUGGGAUGGCAUGGCAUGGGAUGGCAUGGCAUGGGAUGGCAUGGCAUGGCAUGGCAUGGCAUGGCAUGGCAUGGCAUGGCAUGGGAUGGCAUGGCAUGGGAUGGCAUGGCAUGGCAUGGCAUGGCAUGGCAUGGGAUGGCAUGGCAUGGCAUGGGAUGGCAUGGCAUGGGAUGGCAUGGCAUGGGAUGGCAUGGCAUGGGAUGGCAUGGCAUGGGAUGGCAUGGCAUGGCAUGGCAUGGCAUGGGAUGGCAUGGCAUGGGAUGGCAUGGCAUGGGAUGGCAUGGCAUGGGAUGGCAUGGCAUGGCAUGGCAUGGCAUGGCAUGGCAUGGCAUGGCAUGGGAUGGCAUGGCAUGGCAUGGCAUGGGAUGGCAUGGCAUGGGAUGGCAUGGCAUGGGAUGGCAUGGCAUGGGAUGGCAUGGCAUGGCAUGGCAUGGCAUGGGAUGGCAUGGCAUGGGAUGGCAUGGCAUGGGAUGGCAUGGCAUGGGAUGGCAUGGCAUGGCAUGGCAUGGCAUGGCAUGGCAUGGCAUGGCAUGGCAUGGCAUGGCAUGGCAUGGCAUGGCAUGGGAUGGCAUGGCAUGGGAUGGCAUGGCAUGGCAUGGCAUGGCAUGAGAUGGCAUGGCAUGGCAUGGGAUGGCAUGGCAUGGGAUGGCAUGGCAUGGGAUGGCAUGGCAUGGGAUGGCAUGGCAUGGCAUGGCAUGGCAUGGGAUGGCAUGGCAUGGGAUGGCAUGGCAUGGGAUGGCAUGGCAUGGCAUGGCAUGGCAUGGCAUGGCAUGGCAUGGGAUGGGAUGGCAUGGCAUGGCAUGGCAUGGCAUGGGAUGGCAUGGCAUGGCAUGGGAUGGCAUGGCAUGGGAUGGCAUGGCAUGGGAUGGCAUGGCAUGGGAUGGCAUGGCAUGGCAUGGCAUGGCAUAGCAUGGCAUGGCAUGGGAUGGCAUGGCAUGGGAUGGCAUGGCAUGGGAUGGCAUGGCAUGGGAUGGCAUGGGAUGGCAUGGGAUGGCAUGGCAUGGGAUGGCAUGGCAUGGGAUGGCAUGGCAUGGGAUGGAGCAGAAAGUUUGAGGAUGGCACUGUGGGCACUCUCUCCAUAUCCUUCUCCUACACGCCACGCAACCUUGUGA